CAGUCACGCCAACCAAAAAACUUAUAUUGUCGAAUUUCCCUAAAAAAUGUCAAUAUAACCUCAAAUAUGGGCUACAAAAUUUGCAUGGUUUCUGAUUUUUUCUUCCCCAACAUGGGUGGAGUCGAAGAACACAUUUAUAACCUCUCCCAGUGUUUACUCCUCGAGGGGCACAAAGUCGUCGUUAUGACACACAGUUACGGCGAUUGUGUGGGAAUUCGGUACAAAACUAACGGUUUGAAAGUCUAUUAUCUCCCAAUUAGGGUGUUUUAUAAUCAAUCGAUUUUACCAACAAUGAUAUGCAAUGUGCCUCUAAUUCGCAAUAUUUUGAUAAGGGAACAAAUUGAAAUAAUUCACGGCCAUUCGGCUUUUUCAGCCCUUGCACACGAGGCGUUGGUAAUCGGGAAUUUAAUGGGAUUAAAGACUGUCUUUACAGACCACAGUUUGUUUGGUUUUGCUGACGCCAGUGCAGUUAUAACAAACAAAUUAUUACAAAUGUCUUUAACUGAUUGUAAUCACUGGAUUUGCGUUUCACACACAGGGAAAGAAAAUACAGUCUUAAGGGCAAAAGUCAGCAGUAAAAGGGUGUCUGUGAUACCAAAUGCGGUUGAUACAUGUGCGUUUAUGCCAGAUCCGAGCCAAAGAUCGAGCAAAUAUAUCACUAUAGUGGUCGUUUCAAGACUAGUAUAUCGUAAAGGUGUGGAUUUGACUGCCCAAAUUAUUGCAGAAAUGUGCAAUAAAUACGAAAGUAUUAAUUUUCUAAUAGCAGGUGACGGACCUAAGCGCGGAUUACUCGAGGAAAUUCGAGAAAGACAAGGGUUGCACGAUAGGGUCACCCUUUUAGGUAGCUUGGAACAUUCUCAAGUUCGCAAUGUUCUAAUCCAAGGCCAUAUUUUCCUUAACACUUCCUUGACUGAGGCUUAUUGUAUGGCUAUAGUGGAAGCAGUUUCAUGCGGACUACAAGUCGUGUCAACGCGAGUUGGGGGAAUUCCAGAAGUGUUGCCUGAGGAUUUAAUUUAUUUGACUGAACCUAAUGUCCCUUCUCUUAUUAAAACUCUUGAAAUCGCAAUUGAUGAUUUAAAAAAUAACAGAGUUAAUUGCCCUUACGAAUGUAAUUUGAGGAUAAAAAAUUAUUACAAUUGGGAGAACGUUUCGAAACGGACAGAAAUCGUCUAUCACAACGUUAUGCAAGAAAGGAGUAAGACGUUACAGGAGCAGUUAUGGAGUUACAAAACAAGUGGUGUUUGGCCAUUUUUAUUGGCAGUCUCUUUGUGUUAUCUCCUGUUGCUGUUUUUGGAAUACAUAUACCCAAGGGAAUACAUUGACAUCGCCAGGGAUUACAAUUAUAAAAAGAAAAGUAAAGAGAACAUUUAUAAGUCGCGACCUAGUCGAUUGUCUUCAGUUAAUGAAUGAAAUUAUCAGGUGAAGAAAUUCUUAACAUCAUAGUUAAUGAA